GGCACCAUACCGGAAGUAAACAUUCGCUGGCUUCAUGUUGGAAAAUAUAUAUUUCUACGCAAGUAUUUGUAUAUAGAUAUAUAUUUUAAAAAACAUGGAUCGAUUCAUGUGGACUAAUGGACUCCUUGAAAUGAAUGAAACCUUAGUAAUCCAGCAAAGGGGUGUCAGACUAUAUGACGGAGACGACAAGGCCAAGCUCGAUGUUGGAGUCGUCCUCCUGAGCACACAUCGAUUAAUUUGGAGGGAUCAAAAGAAUCAUGAGUGCUGUAUAUGUAUACCGUUGUCUCAGAUCAUAUUCUUUGAGGAGCAGGCUGCAGGAAUUGGAAAGAGUGCCAAAAUUGUCGUUCACCUGCAUCCAGCUCCAGCUAAUAAAGAGCCUGGACCAUACCAGCACAGCAAGUUCUCCUACAUUAAAUUAUCCUUUAAGGAACACGGGCAAAUUGAAUUUUACAGACGCCUGACAGAAGAAAUGACUCAGAGGAGGUGGGAGAAUACGCCAGUCUCACAACCCAUUACCCCAGCAGGACUGAAGGCAGGAAGAACACGUGCAGUAGGGAUUGUUGGCAUUGAGCGGAAGCUGGAGGAGAAAAGGAAGGAGACAGACAAAAACAUUUCGGAGGCAUUUGAAGAUCUCAGCAAGCUUAUGGAGAAGGCUAAAGAGAUGGUUGAGCUUUCCAGAUCUAUCGCCAACAAAAUCAAAGACAAACAAGGGGACAUCACUGAGGAUGAGACUAUUCGCUUCAAGUCAUAUUUGUUGAGCAUGGGCAUCGCCAAUCCUGUAACCAGGGAAACACACGGCUCAGGCACACACUACCACAUGCAACUUGCUAAACAACUGGGAGACAUGCUGCAGGCACCACUGGAGGAGCGAGGGGGAAUGAUGGCCCUCACAGAGGUCUACUGCCUAGUAAACCGAGCACGAGGGAUGGAGCUUCUUUCCCCUGAGGACAUGGUCAAUGCCUGCAAGUUGUUUGAGUCUCUGAAACUCCCUCUCAGGUUGCGAGUGUUUGACAGUGGUGUAAUGGUGGUUCAGCUUCAAUCUCACAGUGAAGAAGAGAUGAUUGCAUCUGCUAUCGAUAAUGUGUCUGACAAAGGCUCCUUAACAGCAGAGGAGUUUGCUAAACUUUUAGGACUGUCUGUUCUUCUUGCAAAAGAGAGACUGCUGCUGGCUGAGAAAAUGGGGCAUCUAUGCAGAGACGACUCUGUGGAAGGCCUACGAUUUUAUCCCAACUUAUUCUAAUUUACUAGUCUGAUCAGGAAUAAUCUCAUUCACAGCAUCCUCCGUACAGAACAGAAGUGUUGACUUUGUAAACUGGACUUGUGGAACUGCCCUGCAGGAUGCUCAGUUCUCAGAGUAAUAACAGUGAGCAGUGUGUUAUUGGUGAAAGUUUGUUCUGAUUCAGAUUUUACUGUAUUUAGUUCAUACGUGAGUAAGGGUUUGGAGAAGUCAUGCUAUUUCCAUUGAUUUGGUUCACACGGAUUUGUAAAAUGUAAUUAUAAAACCUGCUGAAUUAGGUUUUUAUGUAACAUCUUAUAUCCUAUUACUAAACAGUAAUUAUAAACCUUCCCCUGAACAGCAAGGCCAUGACUGAGACUGCAAAGGCCUCACUAAUGAACUAAUGAAACCAGAGACAAGAGGCAAGUUCUAGUUCACAGAAAAUGUUUGGCUAGCUCCCAACACUGUUAUUGCACGUGUGGAUAUUUACUCUAUAUGCCAAAUGUUUGUGUACACUUGAUAAUCUCACCCACAUAUGCCUUCUGAAUAUUCCAUUCCAGACUUAUUCCCCCUUUGCUGUUGUACAUUUCUGGGAAAGCUUUCCACUAGAUUUUGCAACUUUUGGCUGUGGGCAUUUGUGCUUAUUCAGCCAUAAGUGCAUUAAUGAAGUCAAACACUGAUGUUGGGAGAGGAGGACUGAGGUACAGUCAGUGUUUGUCAUUCCCAAAGGUGUUCAGUUGUGUUUAGGUCAGGGAUCUGUGCAGGAUACACAAGUUCUUCCUUAUGAAACUUGCCAAACUGUGUGUUCAUGGACUUGUGCACAGGACAUUGUCAGCUGGAACAUAUUCAGACCACUUCGUUCCAAUGAAUGUGAAUGAUAAAGCUACAGCAUUCAAAGCAUUCUAGACAUUUGUGUGCUUCUAACUUUAUGGAAACAGUAUGUGAAAGUACCACAUAUGUGGUUGGGAUGGCAGAUGUCCCCAAACUUUUGGCUGUAUAGUAUAUCCUACAUCUCCUUUAUUAACUAAAUAAAGUGAUAUUUCUUCCAGUG